UGCAGCCGGCCUGUGCUGGGGCUGUUGGGCUGAAUGAGGAAGUUGAGCGAAGGCAGCGCAGUAUAUUCAGCUUCGUUUCACAGGCUGCGCUUACUUUUACGAAGAGUCUCCCUUCAGCAAUGGCACAAGCGGAUAUUGCACUCAUUGGUUUGGCCGUCAUGGGUCAGAAUCUGAUCCUGAACAUGAAUGACCAUGGUUUUGUUGUUUGUGCUUACAACAGGACGGUUUCCAAGGUCCAUGACUUCUUACAGAAUGAAGCCAAAGGCACCAAAGUGAUUGGUGCAGAGUCUCUUGAGGACAUGGUCUCGAAACUGAAGACCCCUCGUCGCAUCAUACUUCUCGUCAAGGCUGGCCAGGCUGUUGAUGACUUCAUAGACAAGCUGGUACCUCUUCUCCAGCCUGGAGAUAUCAUCAUCGAUGGGGGCAAUUCUGAGUACAGAGACACAACACGGCGGUGUCAGAGUUUGAAGGCUAAGGGUCUGCUGUUUGUGGGCAGUGGCGUUAGUGGAGGAGAAGAAGGGGCACGCUAUGGACCUUCGCUUAUGCCAGGCGGACACAAGGAAGCAUGGCCACACAUAAAAGACAUCUUCCAGAGUAUUGCUGCCAAGGUUGGCACAGGGGAGCCCUGCUGUGACUGGGUUGGAGAUGAGGGAGCAGGACACUUUGUAAAGAUGGUCCAUAAUGGCAUUGAGUAUGGAGACAUGCAGCUCAUCUGUGAGGCCUACCACCUGAUGAAAGAUGUCCUAGGUAUGGACCAUGAUGAGAUGGCACAGGCUUUUGACCGGUGGAAUAAAACAGAGCUGGACUCCUUCCUCAUUGAGAUCACAGCAAACAUCCUCAAGUUCAGGGACACAGAUGGCACUCACCUGCUGCCCAAAAUCAGAGACAGUGCAGGGCAGAAGGGAACAGGGAAAUGGACCGCCAUCUCUGCCUUGGAGUACGGUGUACCUGUCACGCUAAUUGGAGAGGCUGUCUUUGCCAGAUGUCUCUCCUCUCUGAAGGAAGAACGAGUGCUGGCUAGUAAGAGCCUCACAGGGCCCCAGGGAGCCAAAUUUACUGGAGACAAGACCCAGUUUCUUGAAGACAUUAGAAAGGCUCUGUACGCCUCCAAAAUCAUUUCGUAUGCUCAGGGCUUCAUGCUCCUGCGACAGGCAGCUAAGGAGUUUGGCUGGUCUCUCAACUACGGCGGUAUCGCUCUAAUGUGGAGAGGAGGCUGCAUCAUUCGGAGUGUCUUCUUGGGAAAGAUCAAGGAAGCCUUUGACCGGGACUCAGAGCUGCAGAAUCUGCUCCUAGACAACUUCUUCAGUAAUGCUGUACAGGACUGCCAGGAUUCAUGGCGGCGGGUUGUAAGUACAGGAGUUCAGCUGGGGAUCCCCAUGCCUUCCUUCACCACAGCCCUGUCCUUCUAUGACGGCUACAGACACGCCAUGCUUCCAGCUAACCUGCUGCAGGCUCAGAGGGACUACUUUGGUGCCCACACAUACGAGUUGCUCUCAAACCCUGGCCACUUUAUCCACACUAACUGGACUGGCCAUGGUGGAAAUGUGUCCUCAACAUCCUACAACGCCUAAGUUCCUCAUGAAUCCUAUCAGGAACAGCCGUCUGACAGCAAGGGACCAGGGCAACUGACCAAGACAUUUCACCUGCACUUAAAUAUAGAAAUAUAGCCCCACUUAAACAUUAAGGUUUUAUGAUGUGUUAAAGUAAUGCAGAGUUCUAUUUAUGAUUUGCAUUUGAAGUCAUGGUGUGUGCACUGUUUCCAAACUCUCUCUCUUUUCCUGUACGUAGUGUAGGGCUCUGCGCCACAGACGUAAAGAGUGAGGGUGGUGUUGCAGGGGCCUGCGAUCAUGUUUCCCCAGAGUUCAGAGUGUUAACCCUGGAUUACGGUUAACUGUUGCACUGUAUUAGGCUAAAUAAAGACUACAAUCCCUUUUUAAUGA